UGAGCGCGACCAACAGUGUCGGGAGGCGGGGUUAGAGAGCUGCCGUUGCUGUCUGGCGCAGGAGGUAACGGGUGCGAGGGAGUGGGGUUGUGUGCAGCCGCCGCCAUCAUGAGCUAUUCAGGUUAUGGAAACUGGAACUCUGGCACAAACAGAGGUUACGAGGACUAUAGUUAUGGAUAUGGAUACAGUCAGGAUAACUCUGGCAAUUAUGGGUAUGGUAUGGCCACUUCAAACUCUUGGGAAAUGCCUAAUUCAGAUACAGACAUGAACUUUAACGCAUCCACUGGCACCAGUGCUGAUGAUGUAAUAGCAAAUUUUAACCAGCGCUUAGAUAUGGUGUCUCAUCUAGAAACUGACACGAUGCAAGGAGGACAUUAUGGCUCAGGUGGAGACAGGUAUGAUACAUAUGAGUCAUACGACUCAAGGUCUUCACUGAACGACCGUGAUCUGUACAGAUCCGGCUAUGAUUACAGUGAGGCUGAACAUGACACCGACAAUGCCUAUGAAGGCCACUAUGACAACUCCUAUGGGAACCGCAGGGACCAGUACCACAACAGAGCACGUGACAACUUUGGCCACCGGGGUCAGAACUGGGCCAGAGACGGGCGAAAUAACAGACCCAUGGCAUCUGCAUAUUCUGGGCGCAUGGGUGGGCAGUGGAAUGAUCCGCCAGCACCAAUGGGAGGACGGGGCCAUGGCCCCAAUAGGCCCCCAUCCCUUUUCUCCCACAAACUAUUCCCUGAAUACAACAUGUUUCAGGGAAUGCGAGGUUUCUCUGGCAACAUGCGCUUUGGAGGAGGUGGCAUGAAACAACGAAUGAGGAGAAACUGGAAAAUGUGGGACGCAGAUUUUAAAAGAAAAAGAAUAAAGAACGAGCCAACUGCUAAUAAGCGAAAACAGGCUAACAGUUCUGAUGAGCCUGACAGUAAGACAGCAAAAACGGAUGGCUCAGACAAUUCAGACUCUGAUAAUGAAGAGGGUCCUGAAGGAGAAGCUGUUGAGAAGAGUUCUAAAACUGAGGGAGAGGGAGAAGGUGGUGAGGAUGAAGAAAGAAAAGGCGAUUCUGAGAAAGGAGCUCUGACAAUUCAAGAAGAGAUCAGUCAAAUCAAGCGCAAGUUGCAAGCUGGUAAGAAAACUCAAGAGAAGCAGAAAAAGAGAUAUCGUGAUCGAAUGGUGGAAAGGAUUCAGUUUGUAUGUUCAUUGUGCAAAUAUCGUACUUUCUAUGAGGAUGAGAUGUCAAAUCACUUGGAGAGCAAAUUUCACAAGGAGCAUUUUAAGUUUGUAGGGACGAAGUUGCCCCAGCAGACAGCUGACUUCCUCCAGGAAUAUGUUGCUAACAAAACAAAAAAGACAGAAGAACGCCGUAAAGCAAUUGAAGAUAUUAAUGCAGUUAUACAGCAGAUCUACAAAGACCAAGAUCUUACCCAGGAUAUAGGUAUGGAGCAUUUUGUUAAAAAAGUGGAGGCUGCUCACUGUGUUGCAUGUGACCUCUUCAUCCCAAUGCAGUAUGGCAUUAUUCAAAAACAUCUGAAGUCGCUUGACCAUAAUCACAACCGCAGAGCUAUGAUGGAACAGUCUAAGAAAUCAUCAUUAGUAGUUGCAAGAAGUAUUCUUAACAAUAAACUUAUCAGCAAGAAACUGGAGCGGUAUCUGAAGGGUGAAAAUCCCUUCACAGAUGAUCCUGAAGAGAAAGAGGAACAUGAGGAAGGUGAGGCAGGAAUGAGUGGGAACACAGAGGAGGUAGCAGCUGAAGGUGAAGGAAACAAGGUUGAUGAGGAAACCAAAGGUGAUGACAACCUGGAUGAGGGAAACCCAGUUGUUGAAGGUAGCGCGGAAGACACAGGUGAUGGAGGAGGAGGGGAACUUGGGCAAACCGAGGAGCAGGACUUGAAAGCAUCCCAGGAAGCCCUUGUUGCUGAGCAGGAACAAGAAGAUGAAGAAGAAAGAAGAGGGGUCAUACCUUCAGAGGAGAUGGAACCACCUGAUGAGUGAACUUGCAAAGACAACCGAAGCAUUUUGAGACUUUGCAUUAAACCUUUUGAAAUCAUAACUGUAUUUGUGACACUACAUGGCACGUGGCUUUUGGUUCUCAUUGACUACAUUUUCACCUAGUUACAGCACUUAAAAGCCUUUAUCUGUAAAGUGUUUUUGGAAAUAGCUUUUUUAACAAAAUCUUCAUUGUAUUAGCUUGGUUUUGUGCAGUACAGUUUUUAGGUGGCUUUGUACUAGGAAUAUACCUUUUCUGAGUAAAUACUCAAACCCAAAUUGUGUUAAUCUGCUUGUACCAUGCUACAACCUUGGGGAGUAAAUGUCCUAUAACAACCUUCUCCCCUCCUCCUCAAUCCCUUUGUAUAUAGUUAAAUUGUUUUUGUUCUCUCCCCAUUUUGUCUGGAAAUGUCAGCAGCAGAAUUCUGGGUUUUAAAUUCUGCGCAAUUGGAGUAACUUCCAUGCAGCUGUAGCAUUCUUCCAUUCUACCUUUUUAACUUUCAUAUACUGCAGAAAUACUGGAGUCAGCACAAUAGUUUUGCAGUGCUUUUAUUUAAGGGUGAAUUCUUCCAGUGGAUGGAGAUAAAGCAUUAUACUAGAACUACCUGUGUGCAUGGGUUUUUGGAAGCAGCAGCAAGGUAAUGGAUGUGCAAGAAGCCUCAAACAGAAAUCGCUGCAGCCUGGCAUACUCUUAAAAGGCAAUUCAGCAUUGCUUCUUUUGAGCUGUUUGUCCCAAUGUUGUGUUGGGGACAUCACUUGCCCUGCUUGCCUUGGAUUGCUGUUCUGUAAAUGAAAGCUGUAGUAGCCCAUGUGAAGUCUACUGAUGAAGAGUGUUACAGAAACAUUAAAUAUUCCCUUCAAUCCA